AAUUAAAUAAUUGUAUAUAAAUGUAGGAGUUUUGCGGGAUAUUAACUUAGUGAUUUGUGGGAAUCCUGAGAAAGGUCAUACAAUAUGAAACAAUUUAUUUUUUUGGAGAUUUUAAUUUGUGGGACAAUGGCUUCAUUGCCAGAAAAGAUACAACAUUUGCUGGAUUCUUUACAUGCUACGUGUGUAUCGAAAAUUGGAGUUUCUGAAGAUAUCUUUGUCGGAAUAAAAAGUGGAGAUUUUGUUCCAGAUCCCAAACUAAAAUGUUACUUGCAUUGUUGCUUGAAUGAACUUGGUCUGAUAACUGAUGAUGGAAAAGUUGACGUGGAGAAGUCUAUAGCUAGUUUACCCGAUUUCAUGAAGGAUUAUGCUACCCCAGUAUUCGUAAAAUGUGGCAGUCAAGCUGGUACAGAUGUAUGCGACGUCGUAUUUAAUACACUGAAAUGCUAUUAUGAAAUGGAUAAAAGGGCGUUUGUUUUACCAUAGAAAAAUUAUGGGAUAUAGAAACUGUAAUUUUUUUUGUAUUUAGUUCUUCAAAGUGGUAUUAUGAAAAAAGUUUUUGGAUUUUUUACUUAAAUAAAUGUUUAUUUUA